AACGGCCAAAAACACACGGAUACUGAUUUGUAUCCGUCCGAUCAAUCUCCAACGCCUCCAUCAGCACGCUAUAUAUAUCCCUAUCAUUCCUUACAAUUUGAUCCUUUGUAUUCUAUUCUUCAAGAUUCAGGUACUGCGUUUCGGAAGCAGACACAGAUGGCUCGUACGAAGCAAACCGCUCGUAAGUCCACAGGAGGAAAGGCUCCUAGGAAGCAGCUUGCAACCAAGGCUGCACGUAAGUCUGCACCAACUACUGGUGGUGUGAAGAAGCCCCACCGUUAUCGUCCUGGUACCGUUGCUCUUCGUGAGAUUAGGAAAUACCAGAAGAGUACCGAGCUUUUGAUCCGGAAGCUCCCCUUCCAGAGGCUGGUUCGUGAAAUUGCUCAGGACUUCAAGACUGAUCUGCGUUUCCAGAGCCACGCCGUGCUUGCAUUGCAAGAAGCUGCUGAGGCAUACCUUGUUGGGCUCUUUGAGGACACUAACCUGUGUGCCAUUCACGCCAAGCGUGUAACCAUUAUGCCCAAGGAUAUUCAGCUGGCAAGAAGGAUUCGUGGUGAGCGUGCUUGAGUUGGUGGUUGGAAAGAUGAAGAUGAUUGGUGGCUGCGGUUGGUGUUUUUGUUUUUCAGAUUCCUUUUUUUAUUCAAUAGAUGGGGUUGUUAGGGAGGGUAGGUUUUCUGCUGGUAGUAGCAUUAAUUGGGAUAUAGGCAAAUACUGCCGAGUGUCCGUGACUGUGUUUUCUUCCUUUAAGAAAAUUGGCUUGUAAUUGAUUUUUGGACAUAUGUAUGUGUUAGAAUGCUUCUGUUUUAGUUUUUACCUGCGGGAUGUUGCAGCCACUUUAGAAACUGUAUUGGACAACAUUCAGUUGCCAUCUAAUCUCGUUUAAGUUAGUUUGUUGGCUUGCCUCGUUCUUACUCGGGAUUUCCAUCCCAGUUUGGUUACUGGGUUUCUUA